CUCAGUUGUGCAUUUUAUUUUGCCUAAGUUCGGACAAUAAAACUCAUUGCAGUCAUUGCAGCAAUUAUUAUCAACCAACCCCAUGUUUUCUUUCAUUCUGAACUACUCAGCAGAAUGCCUGAAUUAUUUAGUACCCCGCUAAAGGAUAGAAUUACUUACACGGAAGCACAGUGUAGGCAUUUCAUUUCACGAUACCGACUCAUAGUAAAGAAUAUGGUUCACUCUUGAACUAAGUAGUUUAAGUCAACAAAAGUUGGCGACAAUGUCCUCGUUGUCUUUUGAAUCACUCUGCUUAGAGGAUAAUAAACCAUCAACAAUACUGAGGCAAGACUUGGAAAAUGAGCUGCACAAAGACUUGGAGUUGGAUGAAAUGAACAGGUACAAUGAGACAUCUGUAGCUGAUAUCUACCAGAAAGCCUGCAAGUUGGUGGGCGUUGUGCCAGUUUCAUAUAUCAUUCAGAACCUUAAUUCUCCAACCAUGAAACUCAGCCAUCAAAGCCUCGGACCAUUGGGGUGCAAGGCACUCAGUAUUGCAUUAGUGAGUGACCUUCAUAUCAACACCCUUGAACUGUCCGACAACGACAUACAAGCAGAGGGAGCCAAGCACCUGGCAGAGAUGCUGAGGGCUAAUUUCACCAUUCAGCAUUUGGACUUGUGCAACAAUCACCUUCAUUCGACUGGAGCUGAGUAUAUGGGUAAAAUGUUGGUGGAUAGCACUUCACUAAAAUCCAUCAAACUUUCAGGAAAUGGAUUUAUAGAUGAUGAUGCAAAAUAUUUUGCAGACGCCUUGACUAUCAAUUUGGGCAUUAAAGAGUUAGACCUGAGUCACAAUAGAUUUUGUGGAAGAGGAGGAGAGCAUCUCGGAUUCCUCUUGGCAAACAACGAUAGUCUGGAGGUGCUGAACCUUUGUUGGAAUCAACUCCGAAUGAAAGGAGCUGUUGCUCUUUGCGCUGGACUCAAGGUGAAUAUGAUGGUAAAGCACCUUGACCUGUCAUGGAAUGGUUUUGGGAAUGAGGGGGCCCUGGCUAUGGGCGAAGCUCUGAAAUUCAACAACACUCUGGUGCACCUCAACCUCAGCAACAACCGUAUCACCAAUGAGGGUGUCAGCAUGCUUUGCAAGGGUCUUGAGUACAAUGGCACUCUCCAAAUUCUGCUGCUCGCUUACAAUUCAUUAACAGUUGAGGGAGCACUGGCCCUGGUCAACAUGGUGAAGAACACGCAUAAAACUGCAUUGGAAGAGAUUAAUAUAUGUAAUGUUUUAGUUAAUGAGAACUUUUUGCAUCUGCUGGAUGUGACUUGUGAGGAGCAUCCUGGUCUGAAUGUACAGUACGGAGGGGUGGGAGGAUUUAUUGCGAAGAAACCAGUAAAACGCAUUGACCCAAUGAAAGUCAUUCAGGACUAUCUGGAUCAACACAAGCUACGUCUCUGGGAUUUCUUCCGAAACAUUGACAAAGAUGCCACCAUGCGAGUCCCUGUGGCUGAUUUCAGGAACGCAGUGCAGCAAUCAAGUGUUCCCUUGGAUCGAUUCCAGAUUGAGGAGCUUAUUCAGAGGCUGGAUCGUGAUAGGACGGGAAUGGUAGACUACAGGGGACUGGCAGAUACAAGGAAGCAGAUGAUGAGGAAUCACCGUCAACAGCUGCGUAAGGUUGCAUCCCGUCAGAAGAAAGAGAAGCAUAAGAGUGAUCGUAUCCUGAAGACCUUCCAGAGCACUGUACAGGCAGUGACGCCACACGGCUCAGUAGUCAUAUCUCCAGGUGACCCCAGAGAAGAGCUAACCGGGCCCUAUCACUUCUCGGCAACCCCUUUCAGCUCUUGGCACCACUUUGUUAUGUCCAACAGUGAACAUACUUCAGUCUCCAACCCCAGCAGGAACCAUGUCCACCUGCCCACGCCAACAGGCUCAAGGUUUCACCAUUUCACCAAAUCUCCCAUUUUGCGCUCUCACUCCCAACCCAACUUUCUGGCUGCUUCCCCUCUCUCUGCUCAAGGCAAGUUCACCUCUGCACAGGCUGUACACUCCAACCCAGAGAUGCGCCAUAGCAAGAUUAAGCCUGCUUUGGACCACCUAGCCAAGUCUAGAGUUGCGCUUGACAAUGAGCAAAUAGAAAUUGAAGUUACGAAUAAAAAAGGGAAGAAAACAAAAGCAAAGCAGUUUGUAGAGAAAUAUUCAAAUAAUCCAACAAUGAACUGAACAUGAACACAAACAUUGUUUACAUUGUUCUCUUUUAGUAUUUCUCACAAGAAGAAUAUAUGUGAAAUGCAACAAUGUUCUGUAAAAUAAGGUGCUACAUUGUUUUAUUGAGUUUAUUUACCUUAUGAUUCCCUGACUGUAGAUCUGUAGAGUAGUUUUAUUAUGUUUAUCUUUUGAAGAAAAGCUGCCAUUGGUAGCGUAGUAGCCACAUCUCCUGACUUUGUAUGAGAGUGAUAAAGUCACUUUUGAAUGAAUA